GUCAAAAAAUUAUAAUAUAAAUGAACCAUGCUAAUUUAAGAUAUAUUGGUAUGCUAGUCAUCUUGCUUAGCAGUGUAUAAAAAAGCAAGUCGAUUAUUUAAAAGAAGUAAAGGUAUUUUUACUCUUUUUGAAAAGAAAGGAAAGGGUUCGAAAAAUGACAAAACUAGACCAACAUGAGAAAGAUAAACUCAGUGGUUGUGACGAUUAGUGAACCAAAACAGUGUUGUUUAUGUUGAAAGGACACGUGUACCCAGAAUGUUGGUAGGUGGGGAAAGGACAUGGCAACAAGUAAAAGAGUAGAGUCAAUGUAGUUUGGUCUUUAAGGCUGACCAAUGCAAAAUAGGUCAUCUAUAGAAAGUAGUCACUGAGUAAAAGGUUGUCGUGAUACACUAAAUCAAGAGUGUAAUCAGGCUUUUUAGUUUUUAAAAAUUUUAGAUUCUCGGACGUCUAUUUUUUUUUGCAAAACAAACGUGGUGCAAUGACAUAAAAGAAGAAAAACUGUGAGCGGGUCUGUUGCGUUUGCAAUCAGACCCGUUCUAUGUAUGUGUGAAUAAAUCAGAGUGUUGCAUAACUCGAAUUAAUUUCUUUGUGUUAUGUGUUUUCCGUUACCACGAAAUAUUUUAAUUCUGGAUGUGGAUGGAUUAUUUUGGGAUACAAAUGCUUUGAUGAUUGCCUUAGCGUCGUCCGUUUUUCAUCUGAAGUUGAAUGGAACAGAUAUCUGCCAAAAUUUAAGCCUUAUGUCAUUAGAGAAAAUUUCCAAUGUUUUUAUUGAACUACAAAGAGAGGGAAAAUUUGAUUUAGAUAUGAGCAAAAAAUUGUCUCAAAAGGCUCUUGAGUACGGCCAUUUAUGUCGACCUUAUUUUGGUGCUAUAACUGCUUAUAAAUGUUUUAAGGAUGUGUUUCAAAAUGACAUUCUUUUUGCUACUUGUAAACCAGAAAUAACACAACCGCUCAUCAAACAAUUAGUGAACACAUAUGAAACAAUGUCAUGUAAUGUUGAGUGUCUAGAGCUGUGUAACGAGACGACAUUAGGAGUGGCCAAUUCUCCACUCUAUUUUUUCACUACCAAGAUGGAUAGUUUUUGUGCAUUGCGACAAAAAAAUCAGAAUAAAAAUGCUAGUUUUGCAUUGGACGCCUUAAGUUUAUUUUUUGUUACCAAGCAACUGAGUUUUGUCCAUUUGUGCCUCGAUUAUUUACCGGUAAAAUCACAGGUGCCACUAUCGAAAAUUGUGUUAGGAACUAAAAAAACGUUUACCGAAAAUACAGCUUUAGUCUACUCAUAUCAGGAUUUUUUAAAAAUCAAGGAUCCAAUCAAGAUUCAAACAUGUUUAUGUCAAAGUAUAGAAGACUUAAAUAUGGAGAGCUUUCUUGCGGAAUAUUUGGGACAUCCUUAUAAUAAGAUCUUACCAUUAUACCAGUAUAGGACAAAAGUAUGUCCUAUGGAGCUUGAGAGAAGUCCACGGUGUGCUGAAGCACACUUUUGGUCGAUGACUCACCUACUUGAGCAUUCUUUACUUUUUGAUGGAAUCGUUAUCAAAGGAUUUGGAAGGGGAGGAAAACAAUUAGGUAUACCUACAGCCAAUUUAAGUGUUAAUCAAUCCGUUGAUGGUGAAUCGUUGCCUUUCCCGGGAGUGUACUUUGGGUUUUCCGCUCUUUUUGACAAUGGACAUUUCAAAGCACCCAAGACGUCCAUGUUGAUCUACGAUACGAUCUUGUCAGCUGGUUAUAACCCUUAUUAUAAUAAUGAUCGACUUGUUGUUGAACCCCACCUAUUUCAUACAUUUAAAAAUGAUUUUCACAGUGUUCGAUUACGACUCGUUGUCAUUGGCAUUGUUCGCCCAGAGUCAACCUUUUCAUGUUUUGGUAAAAAUAAGAGAAACAAAACGACUCAAAACGACUCAAAACGUUUCAUUCCAGAACACUUAGUACAAGCCAUACAAUUAGACUGCAAAGUAGUUCGCCAAACACUUAUAAGGCUGCAUAAAACGAAGGCGUCUCUUCUUCUUUAUAAUAAAAAACGAUUACAUCAGCAGCUCCACUGUGACUAG